AUCUUAAAGGCUGUCCUUUUAUCGCAUUAGUAUGUGUUGGAACACACAAUCAUCCGCCAUCUCCUCCUGAAAAAAUUCUUGCAGAUAUAAAAGCAAAUUUGCAAAUAUUAAUUAAUCAAGCAAUUAAUAAUUUAAUAAAGUCAUUUUUUAAAUCAGAAGCACUUUCGGAUAUUCAUCAAUCAUUAAACAGUGUUGAUAAAUUGCGAAUUCUUGUUGCAAAAGCUUACAAAAAUUUGCAUCCUUACGGUCAAGGAAUAUUGGGCGUUUUUUAUGCUGCUAAAAAUAAUCAUCAAGAAUUAAAAAAUUAUAUUCAACGUAUUGGUUGGGAAUGCAUAUUAGGUGAUUUAGAUAGCGGGCAAGCAAAAGGAUUGGGCCUUGCAUUAUAUGAAUUAGAUAUAACAAAGGAUUGGGAAAUGCAUUUGAUGCAUAUUUAUAAAUCAUGUGUUGUACAUUUUCAACGAAAUUUAUAUAAUAAACAUUUUUCAAAAGAAAUUUACAAUUUAGCAAAAUCAAUUAUUAAUACGCCUUCUCAAGAAUUGGUCGAAUCUAUUUUAAAUGAAAUCGAAAAUUCAAAUGAACCUGAACGUCAUAUUUGGAGAAAAUAUGGAAAUAAUACUAAUAUGGCGGAAUCAGCCCAUGCUUUAAUUAACAAAGAAGGAAAGCAACUAAAAUUAAUGUCAGCUAUUUUAUGUCAAAUUGCAGAUGAAAUUGUAGUAGAAAUUAAAUCUGAUACGGAUGAAGCUAGUGAAAUUAGAAUGGAUGAUAUGUCAACAAGUAUUGAAUUGCAAGAAAGAAAAAUGGCAUUAUUGGAACGUCAACUAAAGCUCAGAAAAGAAACGGCAGAGGUAGAAGCUCUUGAAUUACAGAAUCAACAACUAAAAAUCAAUCUGG